GUAUACAGCUGACCUGAGACGAGAAUGAAGAGUAUUCUGGCUCUUCUAGUGACCGGCGCUCUAGCCCAGCGGCCUGCCAGGAUUGGACCUGAUGGCAAACCUCUGCUUAAUAGACCUGUUCUUGACGAAUGCAUGAAAAGGAAAUCCCACAUGAAAGUUGGAAAUCACAACUAUUUUCUUUCCUGGAGAGAACCUUGGCAUAAAUUUGAGGACUGGGACUGGUUCAACGGGAGAAACUUUUGCCGGGACAGAUGCAUGGACCUUGUCAGCUUCGACACCCCGGGGGAGUACAAGAUGUUCGAGGAGAUAUUUAGACAAGAUAAUAUUUCCAGUAUCUGGACAAGUGGAAGAACUUCCAGAAUAAGGGAUGUGAUGGAGCACAUUUGCAGCCAAUCAUUGUGAAUGGGUGGUUCUGGGCAGGAGCCAGUAAUGCCCGUAUUCCUUCUACAGAUCGUCCUGAUCCUCAAGCAUUCUGGAGCAACACCGGAGAAAUUGGUAAACCACAGCCAGAUAAUUACGAGGGAGAGAAGGAAGGACCAAUAACAGCUGACAAUAAUAUCGG